AUGGCUUUGUAUUCACUUAAUAAACUCACUAUAACUCUUCCCCUUCUUAUUCUCAUUUUUAUGUUGCAUGUAGAAGCAACUACCAAAACUAAACACCAUAAUGAUGAUCGUGUACUCUGUGUUGAAAGUGAGAAGCAAGCUCUUUUGAGUUUCAAGCAAGACCUUGUCGAUCCCUUCAACAGGCUAACUUCAUGGGCUGCCAAUGGAGAUGAUGAUGAUGACUGCUGCAACUGGACUGGAAUUAUUUGCGACAGCAUCACAGGCCAUGUCAAACAACUUCAACUUGCUAAUACUUACAAGGAUUAUGUUGAUUUGGAGAAUAAAUAUGGUGGUGGACUAAGUAGCAAGGUAAACCCUUCCUUACUGAAUCUCACAUAUCUAACUCACUUAGACUUGAGCUACAAUAAUUUUGGUGGCACUCAAAUUCCCCAUUUCAUUGGUUCUUUGAUGAGUUUGAAAUAUUUAAACUUUACUCGAGCUGGAUUUGAGGGAAAAAUCCCCCACCAACUUGGAAAUUUGUCAAGUUUAAACCAUCUUAUUCUUCAAACUGAUUAUGAUUUGGACUCUAGCCGUGACAAAUUAUAUGCUGAUAGUCUUCAUUGGGUCUCUGGUCUUUCUUCACUAGUAUAUCUAGAGAUGACAGCAAACCUUAGUGCAACAUCUGAUCAUUGGCUACUCUCUUUAAACAAAAUCCCUUCUUUGUUGGAAUUACACAUGUCCUUGUGUGGACUUACCCACAUUCAUUCUAUAUCUGAUGUUAACUUUACAUCUCUUGAGUUUCUUGAUAUAUCAAGCAAUGAUUUUCAAUAUUCUUCUAUACCUAAUUGGAUUUUCAAUCUCAAAAAGCUCGUUCAUCUCGAUUUAUCAUAUAGUUUCUAUUCAGGUGAUUUAUUUCCUAGAAAUCUUACUAAUCCUAAGAGCUUCCCUUCUUUAAAAUACCUUGAUGUUUCUGAUAGCAAUCUUAAUUCUCUACCAGAUUGGCUUUUUGGUCUUAAAAACAUGGAAACUUUUAUAGGUCGAGACAACAAUCUUGAUGUUUCCAUUCUAUGUCGUUUCCAUAACAUGACCUUUCUAAAACAUCUUGAUAUAUCUGGUAAUAACAUUGAUCAAUCCACCUAUAUUCCCAGUUGCCUUUAUAGUCUUAACAACCUUGAAAUUCUUGACCUUAGCUCAAAUAAACUGUACGGAGUGAUAUCCAGUGCCAUUAAAAAUUUGACUUCCAUCGUUAAUCUUGACCUAUCAUAUAAUUCUUUGGAAGGAAAAAUACCAAAAUCUAUUGGAAUCUUGUGCAAUUUGCAAAGUAUUUCAUUGAGUGGAAACAAAUUGGAGGGUGAAAUUUCAGAUGCCCUUGAAAGUUUCAUUGGUUGCAACCCAAAAGGAAUUACAUCAUUUUCUUUGGAUGAAAAUUUAUUUUAUGGUCAACUAAAAGAUGAAGUCAUUGAGAAGUUUAAAAAUUUAACGUACUUUUCUCUUCGACUUAAUAAGCUUUCGGGUCUCAUUCCUCCUUCUCUUGGCAAACUAUCAGCAUUGACUUAUCUAGAUGUUGGUUUUAACCAAUUCAAUGGAUCUUUACCUGAAAGUUUUGGAUCUCUCUCUGCCUUGGAAACACUUGAUAUUUCUCAUAAUCUUUUGGAAGGUGUUGUUUCUGAAAUUCACUUGGCAAAUCUCUCAAACUUGAAAUAUUUACAUGCUUCAGGAAAUUCAUUAACACUAAGAGUAAGUCCUUAUUGGAUUCCACCAUUUACCCUUAGGUACAUAGACUUAUCAUCUUGGAACUUGGGUCCCCAAUUUCCAAAUUGGCUCAAAUCACAAAAUCUUUUAUCAUCGAUGGACCUGUCUCAAACUAGAAUUUCAGAUGCAAUUCCCAAUUGGUUUUGGAAAUUAUCCACCAAUUUUGAAUACCUGAAUCUAUCUCACAACCAAAUAAGCGGGGGUGUUCCUGAUAUGCAGUUUCAUUCUAGAUUUUUCUGCAUGAUAUACCUGAGUUCCAAUAAAUUACAAGGUCCUCUACCUCGUAUAUCUUCUUCCGUAACAGAGCUAGAUCUUUCCAACAAUUUGUUUUCUGGUGAUAUUUCUCAUGCUCUUUGUGAUCAAAAAAUUCAUCAUGUUGAAAAUAAAUUGAAAAUUCUUCAUCUGGGCGACAAUAAUGGUUUAUCAGGAAAUAUUCCUGAUUGUUGGGUGUACUGGCCAUCACUGAAGGUGAUAAAUUUGAAUAAUGCAAAUUUGAUUGGGCAAAUUCCAAACUCCAUGGGAACUUUAUGUAAAUUGGAAUCAUUGCAUCUUCGUAAUAAUGGCCUUUCUGGACACAUACCUGUCUCCCUUCAGAAUUGUACAAUGUUAAGGGUUAUGGAUCUUGGUCUAAAUAACAUUGUGGGGAGUUUACCCAAAUGGAUGGGAACUAGACUUUCCAAUUUGAUGUUUCUCGGUUUUCGUUCUAACAAACUAAGCGGGAAGAUUCCGCUUGAGCUUUGCCAUCUUGAUCAACUUCAGAUUUUGGACAUUGCUCAUAACAAUUUAUCAGGAACAAUACCAAGAUGUUUUGGAAGGCUUAAAGGCAUGAUCAAUAAACCAAGUUCGAAUGGCAUUGUCUCUUAUUCCUUUUAUGAGGGUGUAUUCAUUGAAAAUGCAUUUGUGGUUAGAAAAGGAAGGGAGGAUCAAUACAGUACAAUCUUGACACUGGUGACUGGCUUAGACCUUUCAAACAACAAUCUAUCUGGAGAAUUCCCACUACAGCUUACACAUCUCCAAGCAUUACAGUCUCUCAAUCUAUCAACAAAUUCUCUCAAAGGAAAUAUUCCUAAGCAAAUUGAAAAUAUGACGAUGUUGGAAUCUUUUGAUCUCUCAAUGAACCAAUUAUCAGGAAAUAUACCUCAAGGUAUGUCAAGUUUAACUUUCUUAAAUCACUUGAACUUGUCAUACAACAACUUUUCAGGUAAAAUUCCCACAAGCACUCAACUACAGAGCAUGGAAGCCUCUAGCUUCAUUGGCAACAAACUUUGUGGACUUCCACUUCCGAAAAACUGCACAGAAGAUGAAGAGAUAAUGCAUAAAGGUACUACAAGUUAUAAUACUAAAGAAGAUGAUGAUGAUGAAGAAGAAAAGUAUUGGUUUCGAUUGGGCAUAGCUGUUGGAUUCGGAGUUGGGUUUGUAGGUGUCAUUGGCCCUUUGUUGGUGUGUGGUUUCUGGAGACGUGCUUACUUUUGGUUCUUCAAUGAGUACAUGUGGUAUAAGAUUGAGGAUUGGUUUUUCAAAGUAAGGUACAUAAUGCGAAAUUAG